AUGGCAAGUUCCUCCGGGGAGCAGACUCCCGACCACAGGUGGAUCCUGAGCAUAGGAGACGAGGCCGCGCGGCUGGAGGCCCUCAACGAGCACCUGAGCACCCGCAGCUACGUCCAGGGGCACGCCCUGUCCCAGGCCGACGUGGACGCCUUCAGGCAGUUCUCCGCGCCUCCCGCUGACCUGCGGCUCUUCCACGUGGUGCGUUGGUUCAGGCACGUCGAGGCGGUCCUCAGUGGCCCCCACGUCCCCGGCCAGCCCUCCGGGCUGCAAGCAAGUAAAGGCCGGCGCGGGCAGCCCCAGUGGUCGCCGCCGACCAGCACCCAGCCGUGCAAGCUUCGCCUGUACAACAGCCUUACCCGGAACAAGGAUGUGUUCAUACCUCAAAAUGGCAAGAAGGUGACGUGGUACUGCUGUGGGCCCACUGUGUACGACGCUUCCCACAUGGGGCACUUUAGGUCCUAUAUCUCUUUCGACAUCUUGAGGAGAGUGUUGAAGGAUUACUUUAAAUACGACGUUUUCUACUGCAUGAACAUCACAGACAUUGACGAUAAGAUCAUCAAGCGGGCGCGGCAGAACCACCUGUUUGAGCGGUAUCGGGAGAAGCAGCCACAGGCGGCCCAGCUCCUGGACGACGUGCACGCUGCCCUGCAGCCGUUCUCGGUGAGACUGGAUGAGACGACGGACCCAGACAAGCGGCAGAUGCUGGAGCGGACCCAGCGCGCGGUGAGGCUGGCCACCGAGCCGCUCGAGAGCGCCGUGGCGUCCGGGCUCUCUGCAGAGGAGACCAGACGCUGCACCGAGGUGUUACUGGAGGAAGCCAGAGACCUGCUUUCUGAGUGGCUGGACUCCAGGUUUGGCAGUGAGGUGACAGACAACUCCAUCUUCUCCUCGCUGCCCAAGUUCUGGGAGGAGGCAUUCCACAGAGACAUGGCAGCUCUGAACGUCCUCCCUCCAGAUGUUUUAACACGUGUCAGUGAAUACGUCCCCGAGAUCGUGAACUUCGUGCAAAGGAUUGUGGACAAUGGUUAUGGCUAUGCCUCCAACGGCUCAGUCUACUUCGACACGGUGAAGUUUGCCUCCAGUGACAAGCACUCCUAUGGGAAGCUGGUGCCCGAAGCCGUGGGCGACCAGAAAGCCCUCCAGGAAGGAGAAGGUGACCUGAGUGUCUCGGCUGAGCGCCUGACUGAGAAACGAUCCCCCAGCGACUUCGCCCUGUGGAAGGCCUCCAAGCCCGGAGAGCCGUCCUGGCCGAGCCCCUGGGGAAGGGGCCGCCCAGGCUGGCAUAUUGAAUGCUCUGCCAUGGCGGGUGCCCUGCUGGGGGCCUCGAUGGACAUCCAUGGCGGUGGCUUCGACCUCCGGUUCCCACACCAUGACAAUGAACUGGCCCAGUCCGAGGCCCACUUUGAAAACGACUGUUGGGUCAGGUACUUCCUGCACACAGGCCACUUAACCAUCGCAGGCUGCAAGAUGUCAAAGUCGUUGAAGAAUUUCAUCACCAUCCAAGAUGCCUUAAGGAAGCAUUCCGCACGACAGUUGCGGCUGGCCUUCCUCAUGCAUGCCUGGAAGGACACGCUCGACUAUUCCAGCAACACCAUGGAGUCAGCCCUUCAGUACGAGAAGUUCAUGAACGAGUUCUUCUUGAACGUGAAGGACAUUCUCCGGGCCCCUGUGGAUGUGACAGGGCAGUUUGUAAAGUGGGAAGAGGAAGAGGCUGAACUGAAUAAAAACUUCUACGACAGGAAGGCCGCCGUCCACGAGGCGCUCUGUGACAACGUGGACACCCGCACUGUCCUGGAGGAGAUGCGGGCGCUGGUCAACCAGUGCAACCUCUACAUGGCGUCCAGGAAGGCGGCCCGCAGGCGGCCCAACCGCACCCUGCUGGGGAGCGUCACCCUCUACCUCACCCACAUGCUCAAGAUCUUUGGGGCCAUCGAAGAAGACAGCGCUCUGGGCUUCCCAGUCGGAGAACGUGGGGCCGGUGUAGAUCUUGAGGCCAUGGUCAUGCCGUACCUGCAGGCUCUGUCGGAGUUCAGGGAAGGGGUGCGGAAGGUCGCCAGAGAGAAGAAAGUUCCGGAGGUCCUGCAGCUCAGUGAUGGCCUGAGGGAUGAUGUCCUGCCCGAGCUUGGGGUCCGGCUGGAAGACCACGAAGGGCUCCCCACUGUGGUCAAGCUGGUGGACAGAGAGACCUUGCUGAAGGAGCGGGAGGAGAAGAGGAAGGCGGAAGACGAGAGGAGGAGGAAGAAGGAGGAAGCUGCCCGGAGGAAACAGGAGCAGGAAGCGGCCAAGCUGGCAAAGAUGCGGAUCCCGCCCAGUGAGAUGUUCCUAUCAGAGAGCGACAAAUACUCCAAGUUUGAUGACACGGGCCUGCCCACGCACGACACAGAAGGCAGGGAGCUCAGCAAAGGCCAGGCCAAGAAGCUGAAGAAGCUCUUUGAGGCCCAGGAGAAGCUGCACCAGGAGUUCUUGCAGAUGGUACAGAACGCGAGUGUGCAGUGA